UAUGUUACCAAUUUCUUUUUUUUCUAAUCUAUUAUAGUUAAUAUACCUAGGUUCCUGCCUGCAGGUAUUGGUGAUCCCCUGCUUGUACACACGGAAGCCUGUUAAGCGAAAGCUUUUUCAAUUACAUCCACUGCCAUUUGAACCACUUGAUACAAGAGCUAAUAAUGUAUGGUUCCCAUUCAAACCAAACGCUACUUGAUAGACUUAGAAUAUUAACUGGCUGUGUAGGUGUUUGUUUCAUGUCAACAUUGAUGUACUUAGUUCCAAGACAGUCUCUUAUGGUAAAUCUUUGGUGAAAGGGAAACAAUAUCACGACUGAUGAUUUGAUUCUCACAACCACCUUUUUUAUCGUUUGUAUUUAUGCAAUAUUACAAUAAACACCAUCACUACGUCUGCUGUUUUCAACUUGUGCUCACAAUAGCAGUUAUCAUUUAAACUUUAUAAUCUAUAAUUCAACUCAUCAUUUUUGUGAAUUCCACCAAUUUGUAAAAUGGACUGUCCAAUUGAAGAUAUCGAUAAGAAAGAUCCAGUUGUAGAACAAAAUACUGACGUAAAUUUCGUUUAUAAUGAUACUGAUGAAUACAGUGUAGAAAUUGCUGAAUUGUAUAGUUAUUCUGAAGAGCCUGAAUUUCAUUUAAAUCGUGAAUGUUUUGAAAAAGAUUUUCAUAAAUUUGUUUCUGUCAAAUGGUUUGAGGCUAGCAAUGCUGAACGUCAUUCACAUAUUCAACGAUUAUUAGAUCAUUUAGAGUCUAGUGAUUGUGAAAUACGUCAAAGAGCUACACGAUCACUGUUGUACUUGUUACAAGGAAAUUUUGGUGAUUGUGAAUUAGAGGAAGAUCAAAUAACAUGGGCUAGACAUAAUGUUUAUUUAUGCAUUGAAUCAGGUUUAUUACAAGCUAUUAUAGAACUUUUAUUGUUCGAAACUCACUAUGAUUCAUGGGGUGUAAAUUCAGUUGGAAAUGAUCCAGCAACUAACGCUACUUGUAAUGGAUCAACUAAACCCAGUCAAUCUACAGCAGCAACAACUAUAAUUGAUACAAAUCAAAAUUCAACAGUUACAUCAACUCGACAAUCAAAUGUUACAAUGAAAGAUAGUGCAAAUCUCCGUGUUUUAUUGUCUAUUCUAUAUAUUAUGGUUGAAACUGUUCGUGAUGGAAUGUUAACAGAUCAUGCACAACAAACUGUUUCAGCAGAUGAUAAACAUAUGUCAAUAACAACAAAUCAAGCCAGUAACGAUCCAAUGGCAAAACUGAGAGAACAGUUUGUGGAAGAUUUAGCCAUGCCUAUUGAAAAAGACGGUGAUCUCACAUUGACUGCUGUACUAUUUGGCAUGAUUCAUCGUUUUUGCAGUGGUAUUGAUCCACAUUUUCCAAUGAAAAAAGUUCUCUUGUUACUUUGGAAAGUUUUACUAAUAACACUGGGUCCUUUGAGCAGCUUAUUGGUACGUAAAAAUCAAGCACGUGCUCGUUAUGGUUUACCACCAGUUUCGGAGGAUUCUACACAUGUAAUUCAAAAAGUUCGUGCAAGUAGCCCACCUGUAAUGUGUAUUACAGAUCAAGUACUUUCUAGAAUGCAGCGUAAUAACACUAAUAAUAUUAAUAAUAACAAUCGACAUCCCAUCAUAAGUCAAUCAAAUCAAUCUCCUCGACAAGGUAGUUUAGCUGGAGGUCGUUUGGCGUUUGAACAACAGCAACAACAACAGUCUGUUGUCACUUCAGUGACUUUUCCAUUCUCAGCUGAUUCUUCUAAACUUCCUAUCAUUCAGAGUCAAUCACAAUCAACUGAGGCGUUUUCAACAACUUCAGGUUUUGAUACACCUCGACCAAGUUCACCUGUGUCAUCAGAUGCUACUAAUCGUGAUGAUGGAACAACUAAUCGUGAUACAAGUGAAUUGUUAACCUCAUCUAAUUUAAAUCAACCAAAUUUCAAUCAUCAUCAAGUUAUCCUACCAGGAUUAUCGAAUUUAUAUAUGGAUGAGAAGAGUUUACCAUGGAAACCGAAAGUAAAAAAGAAGGAUUUAGAGGCAUUUCUAACGAGUGUUCGCUUGAAAUUUAUUGGUUUUCAUGUUCCUAAUGAUAUAAUCUCUUUGGCUGGUCUUCCUGAACCAAUUCAUGAAGCUGUACGUGUAAUGCGUGAACAUCUUUAUAUUUCAUUAGGUGAAAUGCAAAUUGAACGAGAAAAUGAAAUUGCUCAAAAUCCUCUAUCUAUGGUAGGAGAGUCUAUACCAGAUACACCAGUUGAACGACUCUAUCGUUCUAUGUAUCCUUUACUGCCACAAUACAUGAUUGCUUUACUGAAGGUUCUGUUAGCUGCUAGUCCUACUUCACGUACAAAAACAGAAUCUAUCAAUAUUUUAGCUGAAAUGACACCUGAAACAAUGCCGGCUGAUGGAACCGAAGAGACUAUACUUGAUAGUGAUAAUAAACGUCAUCGUGAAAUUAUUGUUAAAGCGAUAUCAGCUUUAUUAUUAUUACUAUUGAAACAUUUUAAAUUGAAUCAUAUUUAUCAAUUUGAAUAUGUCUCACAGUAUUUAGUUUUUGCUAAUUGUAUACCAUUGAUUUUGAAAUUUUUCAAUCAAGAAAUUACAUUUUAUAUUACAUCGAAAAAUACACUUUCUUGUUUAGAAUUCCCAGCUCGUCUAAUUGGGGAACAAGAAGCAUUAUCGAUCGAUAUGGUUUUUGGUGAUUGGGUUUCGUGUUGUUGGCGUAAUAUGUUUUCAUGUAUUAAUCUAUUAAGGAUUUUGAAUAUGUUAACUAAAUGGAAACAUUCAAGAAUUAUGCUUCUCGUAGUCUUUAAAUCUGCGCCUAUUCUAAAACGUGCACUACGUGUUAGACAUGCAAUGCUUCAAUUGUAUGUAUUAAAAUUAUUAAAAUUACAAAGUCGUUAUUUUGGUCGUCAAUGGCGUAAAAAUAAUAUGUCAAUUAUGUCAGCUAUUUAUCAAAAAGUUAGACAUCGAUUAACAGAUGACUGGGCUUAUGGGAAUGAUGUUGAUGCAUUACCAUGGCAAUUUCAAGUUGAAGAAUGUUCAUUACGUACUAAUGUAGAUCAAUUUAAUCAACGUCGUUAUUCGGAUAAUUGGUUUGAUCCAGAAUAUAAACCAGUUGAUAAUUGUCUAAUGAGUGUACUUAGUCAAUCAAUAGAAUUAUCUAAUGAAUUUAAAGAAAAUUAUGAAAAAUGGCUUGAAGAAGAAGUGUUCUCAGUACCAAUUAAUUGGUCACAUGUAUUAGCUCAUUAAAAAAAACCAACUGUGUAUCUUCCUUCUUUUUUUUCUUGCAAAAAAAAGGAAAUCAUAAUACCGGUUUGUGUUUUCACUUCAAAUGAAGGGUAUCAUUAAUAGUACUAAGUAAACAAAUAUUCAGUGCAAUGUAAGACCUGUUUUGUUUUAUAUCUAAAUAUAUAGCUUAUG